AAGUUGCAAGUAGUAAGGAGGGAGGCCGCGGUCUUAGCCAACUGCUCCCUUUUCGCUUCUCUCUCUCGAUUUCUCGGCCUCUGCCUCAAUCGACUCUCCCUCUUUGUUCUCUGGCAUCAAUUCUUUUCAAGCUAUCCUCUUUGUUCAAUCGCCAACACAAAGAACCUCCGGCCAGCAGUAGCUUCUCUCUUCCAGGCUUCCGGUGGCAGUCCAGCUACCUCAGACCCUCUCUCUGGUCUCAGCUGUUUCGGUACAAUGGACAUACGACUAAAGGACAUGUUCAGUCCAGAAGGAUCUAUGGACAGAACAAAGAUGAUGAACUAAGUUAUUCCAGAGAACUUCAACAGAAAUACCCUUUUUUCCCUCAUUUUUGAAGUAUCAUAAAAAGAUCGGAACUGCUCAUCUUAAACUAGAGAUACUUAUAUUUGGAGAGUAAUAGUUUCUCCAAUGAAUUCUGUUUUAUUGCCUUUGUCCCUCAUCCUUCGGUUGCCUUCCCGCCUGUCGUCACGUCGUCAUCAGUUACAACCUCAGUACUCGAUCGGUCAUCAUGUUCAUUUCAAGUCUUCUGUUUCCCGCUCAUAUCCAUCCAAUUCACAUUGUUGUUUAUGUGCUCACCAGCCAGCAAUUGGUGCUAUGGUUCCUUCAGAUGAGGGACCAGUAUCUGUAAUCAACUUUGAAGAUUUUGUGGAAAAAGAUUGGUCAUUUCUUGAUUUUGACGAAUUAAAUCCCAAAGAAGAGCAUAAACAAAAGAUUGCCCAGAUAAUUUCUGCAGGAGGGAUUGAAGAGACUUCAAGGGUUUUGGUUUCAGUUGGUUCAGAAGAAUUUGUAGAUCAGUUGGUUGAUACAUCAACCUGCAGUCUUUUGCUUGUUGUCCAUGAUUCACUUUUUCUAUUGGCUUGCAUCAAAGAAAAAUAUGACAAGGUUAAGUGUUGGCAAGGGGAGCUGAUUCAUGUGCCAGAAAAGUGGGCUCCUUUGGAUGUUGUAUUUCUCUAUUUUCUGCCAGCGUUGCCCUUUACACUUGACCAAGUUUUUGGAACGCUUGCAAAAUGUUGCUCACCAGGUGCAAGAGUGGUGAUAAGCCAUCCCCAAGGGAGAGAAGUGUUAGAGCAGCAAAGGAAACAACAUCAAGAUGUUUUAGUAUCUGAAUUGCCUGACAAGAUGACACUGCAGAAGGUUGCAUCUGAUAAUUGUUUCGAGAUGGUUGAAUUUGUGGACGACUCAGGAUUAUAUCUAGCUGUUUUACGGUUUUCUGGAGCUAAAAAUUAGUUUUGCAAAAUUUUUGUUGUGAAGAUUUCAAUGUUACAUUAAAAUGUGAAAGGAAUUGAUUAAAAGUUUGAAUUCAGAUAAUUGUGUAGCUUUUGACUUUUAGUUUUUGAACUGUUC